AUGGGCCAGAGUGUAUCGUGGCUGUCCAGCCUGCUGUGGGCGAAGAAGGAGAUAAGAAUCCUUAUCCUAGGUCUUGAUAACGCGGGAAAGACGACGUUAUUAUACAGACUAAAGGUAGGCGAGGUGGUAACGACAAUCCCAACGAUCGGGUUCAACGUCGAAUCCGUAACAUACAAGAACCUAAAUUUCAACGUGUGGGAUUUAGGUGGACAAACUUCGAUCCGACCUUACUGGCGAUGCUACUAUGCAAACACCGCGGCCGUGAUAUUCGUUGUCGACAGCACGGAUAUCGAGCGCCUACAGACUGCGGCCGAAGAGCUAGCUGCUAUGCUCAACGAGGAUGAAUUGAGAGAUGCUGCGCUCCUAGUGUUUGCCAACAAACAGGACCAGCCUGGUGCCAAGGGCGCAGGCGAGAUAUCCGAGGCACUGCGGCUGGGCGAGCUGAGGGAUCGCAACUGGAGCAUUGUCGCGUGCUCAGCGGUCGACGGAAGCGGUGUCAAUGAAGGCAUGGAUUGGCUAGUGCAAACCGUGUCACAGGACUAA